UACCGUAGAACCAAUCAGCUUGUUUUGAAGGGGAGAGAGAGAACUUGGCCCUCUUCCUUAGAUUGCCCAAACGGGCUUAGCUAUAAGGCAACUGUAGGGCGUCGCUGUGAGCGGGUAUUGACAGGCAUUUUUUUUUAUCAUUAUCAUUGUUAUUACUCCUAAUCUUUUCAGGAGAGACAUAAAGUCAUGGCGGAAGGAGGAGGCUCAGAACCGGGGACCGAGACACAGCCAGCUACCUCGGCCCAGUCUUUACCUGUGGAGCAUACUGUCCCAGAUCAGGAGACACAAAGAUUAACUAUUGGUGACAUGCUGAAAAUGCCACUGAAGAAGGGCGACGAGUGGUAUCUCAUUGAUAGUAGAUGGUUUAAACAGUGGAAGAAAUUUGUUGGUUUUGACAGCUGGGACAUGUACAGCGUUGGAGACUGCAGUUAUUUUCCUGGUCCAGUUGAUAACUCUGGACUGUUUGCAGAUCAAGAUACUCAGGCUCUAAAGGAACAUCUUAUUGAUGAACUUGAUUAUGUGCUUCUGCCAACUGAAGCAUGGAACAAACUGGUCAGCUGGUAUAGUUGUGUGGAGGGACAGAAGCCUAUAAUAAGAAAGGACUUGUGUGGUGCUUGUGUUACUUUGUUGUCCAGUAAUUUUGAUUGGACUGGAAGGGCUGUGCGCUAUUUGUGUUUACUAGUGACAGCUUGCCUUCCAGUCGAUUCAUUCAGGCAUACCUUACUGGCAGUCAGGUUUUUUCCCUAG